AGCCACACCCAGUCCACAACCUAGGUGUGGCCGAGCGGGCUGCCGCGUAAAGCAGUCAGGCACAAGGAGAGAAGGAACACACCGAGCAAGGGGAAGGUGUAGCGGAGGCACACGAGAAAAACAAGACUUUUUGGGAGAGAUUAGGGGGGUCACGGCUGACACAGCAACACCAGGAGCCAAAUAACCAAGCCAUUUUAGUCAAUAUCGCGGGCACACGCACAGUAGCAAAGAGCUAGACGGUGAGAAAGAGAGGAGGAAAGCCCACUAAGUAGUUGACUCAGAGAGUGAUGAAGGACAGCGAAAAAAAGGAAGGCGGGGACCUUGCAGCCAGAGGUGUCCAGCUCCUGAUGAAUGGAAAAAAAGGUGUAAACGCAGCCAUGGGAACCAAGGAGGAUAACGGACAUUUGGACGAUACUUCAUUUCCUGUGAAGAUUCAGGGAGGAGGCAUUGAGCCUUUCGAGCUAGAGGUACAUGGAUUCUGGCUGGUCCAGGACACCAUCCUGGCUGUGCUGACAAGGGAGGAGGUGCUUCCCAGGACCUCCCUCUCCCUGUCCUUCUCUGGUAUCUUGUUGGACCCCCUCUCUGAACUGCAGACCAUCAAGGGCCUGAAAGCAGGGGCCACACUGAGAUUGGUCGAGGAGCCCUACAGCCCCAGGACGGCCCGUGCGCACCUGGCCAGGCUGCAGGAGCUCCUCCGGGGCUCAGGGACCCAGGACUCCCUGAGAGAGGGCCUGUCCCCCAGCCUUCUGGACACUCUCUGCCCAGCAGCCAGUCCAGAAUCACCUUCAGGUGUUCCCAGCGGGAGAGGGACGAAGCGCUCAGCCAGUGAAACAAAGCCAGAUCAAACGCCUUUGGAAGGUCCUCCGCCCGAUUACAUCCUUCCUGGUUCCCAGGAGCGCCCCCUGCUGCCCCUGCUGCCCAACGGCACGCACACUGAGGGCCCAAGCCUCCUCCUGGACGUGUCACUCAGCUGCUGGAAUCCCCCUCCUGGUCCUAGAAAGCUUCAGGGUGACUUCCUGUACAUAAGUGUGUGCACCUUAGAGGGGCGCACCUUCGACAUCACAUCCAGUCCGAGAGGAUUCUAUCUGAACAGGUCCACUGUGGACACGUUUGACCCACGCCCUGCCACCACGCACCAGGUCUCUCACUGUCUGACAGACCUGUUGUCUCAGAUCAGCCCAGGGUUCAAACUGGGUUUCACUGCACUCAGAAACCGGGCCAGGCCGCCCCCGCUUGAGUCUAUGCCCACGCCCUACCGCACCCUCAGCUGGCUGGGCCCGGCCUCCGUCGUGCGCUCUCACAGAAACCCCUUCAGCAGCCGGCUGGGCCUGGAAGAACACAUCGGCUCACAGGCUCCGGACUGGAACGAUGAACUGCAGGCAGCUAGGGACCUGCCCCAGGGCAGCACUGAGGAGAGGCUGCAGAGGGACAGAGCCUUAUUACAGGUGAACAGUGCCUUUGUUUGGGCGGCGGCACAAGGGGCGGAGUCCGUGAUCGACGGGUGCGUGUUACCAAUCAACGGCGGGAUGGAGGACCCCGCCUUUCUCUGGGGGGGGCUGUUCUUCAGCCGCGGGGGCGACCGCGGAGGACUCCAGGGCGGGGAGAGGGUCAGGAGGGCCGGCCAGAGACUGGAGCUGAAGGGGGUGCAGGCCUAUAGCGAUUUGGAGGGGGUGCUGCAGAACCUACACACCCUACCCACUGCUGUGGUGGACUACCGGGGGGUCCGCCUCUCCGCCCAGGGGCUGGCUCCGGGACUGGACGGGGCCGACCGGGGGCCGGACGGUCUGGGCCCCUAUAGGGGUCUCCUGUACGGUUACAUGGCCGGGGUGCAGGAGAGCCCGCACCGUCGCAAGCUGCUGGAGCUGCUGGCCCACGCCUCCAAGAGCCUGGCCCUCCAGAGGCACGCCGUGCUGGGCCACACCGGCCACCAGGUGCCCCUCUUCACCAACGUCGAUGUGCAGGGUCUGCUGGGAGCCGACGGACGCUUCUACCUGCUGGACCUCUUCCGCACCCAGCCGGCCGACGCCAACUUCCACGUGGCGGGGAAGGAGGGCCAGGAGAGCCAGGAGGGCCAGGAGGGCGGGGAGCCGGAGAAGAGCCAGGAGGGCGGGGAGCCAGAGGAGGGCUGGCCUGCCUCGUACCCCGCCGUCACAGGCCUCCCCAGGGCCUUCCCGCACGGGCUGUGCAGACUGCGGCCGGAGCUUCUGCACGCCUUCAGCCAGCACAAGAUGUCUCAGUUCUCUCAGCGAGUGAGGGAGAGGAUGGAGGAGAGCGGAGGAGCGGAGGAGUCCGUGAAGGAGGCGCUGGAUCUGUGUGGGUCAGAGGCGGUGAGAGGGGCCUGCAAAGACGUGGGCUCUGUCAGCGACAUCAUCUUUGAGAUGCGCUUCAACCCUGACAUAUUCUCUCCAGGUGUACAGUUCCCGCAAUUUGAAAGCGGUGCCAAUCAGCUGCAGGAGAGGCUCCUACGGGAGGCCGCCUCUUUCAUCGUCACCCAGCAGAUCCCGGCCUUCAUAGAAGACUGCUUGCAGUUCACCGUGUCUCCAAUGGACGGCGCCACGCUAAGGCACGCUCUUCACAAAAGGGGAAUCAACCUUCGGUAUUUGGGUCAGGUGGUCCGUGUUCUCGACCAGUCAGAGCACAAGGAGCGGCUUAAGCACGUAACGAGACUGGUGUUUGGCGAGAUUGCAAUUCGCUCUGCACGACGAAUUCUGAACACCUACCUGCAGGGUGUUGAGAUCUCCAGCCUAUCAGCAGCUGUGAGUCAUUUCCUGUGCUGCCUGCUGGUACCUCAUUUUAGCCCCGCCUCUGUGGGGGAGGAGCCAAAGAAGCGCUCCAGGAGGCGUGGCCGAGGAGGGGGCGCGGCGUCAGACAGCAUGGCCUGGAGCGGCCUCAGUGGAUCUGAGCUGUGGAGUCUGAUGAACCAGGACGCCAAGGAAACCUACAAUAUCACUGACACUUUGGGCACAAGUGUGGACCAUCUGGUGGGGCAGUACGGCCUACAGAAGGUGUCCCUGCUGCGAGAGUUGUGUCUGAAGGCUGGGAUACAGCUUCGUCUGAAGGAGUAUACUCUGGACAACCGCAGCAAAGCCCCCAUCGGUCCAGAUGACAUCCUUAACGUCCUGCCCGUGAUCAAACACGUGGAGAUGAGGAUGAAGGACGCCUCUAAGAUGUUCUGCUCUGCACAGACCCACAUUCAGAAGGGGAACCUCCAGCAGGCCUACGACCAGCUGAAGGAGGUGGCCUACAUGUACACCCGCAUGUGCGAUGACCUCCAUCCGGAGGCGUGUGCCUGCCUCAGCUCUCUCGCCCGGCUGGCCUACCUCCUGGGCCGCAGCGGUGAGGCACGCAGUGUGCAGUUGAGAGUGGUGGUGAUCAGCGAGAGGGUGCUUGGGUUUGACCAUCCCAACACCAUCCAGGAAUAUGCUCUGCUGGCAGUGUACAUGUUUGCUGGUGGGGAGCUGGGCCUGGCACAGCGCUGUCUGUACCGGGCCAAGCUGCUGACGCUGCUGGUCCACGGGGAAGAGCACCCCUUCAUGGCCAUCCUGGACAGCUCUCUAGGUUUGGUUCUGCGGGGGGAACAGUCCAUUAAAUACCUACAGAACGCACUCAAACUCAACACCCUCUUCCGUGGCUCCAAUGACCUACAAACUGCUCUCAACCAACACUUGCUGGCCCAGCGGCUGUGCACCAUGGGAGACUACCGUGGAGCCAUGACCCACGAGAGGGAGGCCCUGGCGGUGUUUCAAAGCCAGUGUGGUGAAGAUCACCCGCAAACCAAGUGCAGCACAGAGUUCCUUGGGGCCAUUACCCAGCAGGCAGUGCAGAUGGAGCGGUCCCUGCGGCAGGGGGGAGCACAGGGGGUGGACCUUGACAGUUUAGCUCCGUCAAUUGACACCACAUUAGAGCAACUUGCCUUGGUCAAUAGGAUCCUCAAACCAACGAUCAGCACCACGUAUGACGUGUUGAAGGAGAAACUCAAAGAGAUGAAAGCAUCUAUUGAUUCGGCCAGUGAGAAAUCAGAGCUCGUAGCGGCAGUCAGCGCCGGAGCGAGUGGGGAAAAGCCGGCCAAUGGCGUGACGUUUUCAGGGGAAGAAGCGUCGAAUGGAGGCCUAGCGGACCAAGCCUCCGCAGUCUCAGAUGGAAACGAAGAGCAAGCCACGGCCGGAUGCCACCAGGAGGAAAUGGGUUCCGGUGAGAAGACGGACGCAGAAGGCAACGCCGGCACAGAACCAGCAGCGAACGGUACAGAUGAUAAAGCGGUGAUGAACGACCAGCUGGAAAAAGCUGAGUCCACGGGAGGAGAGGAGAGCGUAGAAGAAAAGCUAAAUAAAAUGACAACCGAUGACCAGUCAGGAAAACUGACUGAUGAAGAGAGCAGGAACCUCACAGCCAACGAGGGCUCAGGAUCGGCAGAGGUCAACGGUGAGGAAGGCAGUCACGCUGAAGAUACUGGAUAGUUCAGGAGCCCAGACGGUGGGGAAUCAUUUUGACCAGCAAAGAUUGAUGGAAGAAGGGGCAGUUUAACAGCCAACCGGCGUGUCGAGAAGUCUAGGUGUGGCUGGAAAUUCAGUUAAAUACAAUACUGGGCGGUGGGGGAAGGGGUGGUGUUCAUGUGUUGUACUUUCAAAGUUUCACAAUAAACAUGCAGAUUUUGACAAA